AUGAACUUUAAUAAUGGCUUGUUUAGUUCAGGAACAGCUGAUAAGUAUUUUCAAUACGGAGGAAAUAACGAACACAGUCAAGGUCAGUCUUCGUCAACCUCAACACCACACCAAACCAAACCGAUCUCUUCUAGAACGCCAAGGCCUCUCGGGCUCAAGAGAACUACGUCGAAUAACAACUAUCCCGUGAAACAAGAUGAAGUCUCAACCUCAAUUAUACAAAAUGAUCGAUUUAAGAAUCAUGCUUCUGGCAUGACGAAUAUGUAUCAAACGGACGAGUCGCCAACAACAUUAACUAAAACACCGACGUACGAAUAUUACGGAUUCGUUCUGUAUUUAUCUUCAUUUAUCGCAUUCGUAUUGAUAUCAAUCAAUUUUUUAAACACGGCUCCAUAUGAUUCUUAUCAUACCAUAACAGACGAUCAUGCAAACGUGGGACAGAAUUUAUCACAAUUAUCUGGCAUAACUGAUGAUUUUGUUCCAGAAUUGCAUGACAUACCAAUUGGUAUAGUUAAUGCAUGUUUAUAUCAAAAUGUUGAUGGUUUUUAUACUUAUGAUGGUGAAGCGUAA